GCUUUUCACCCGACGGGUGCCAGCCUGGCGGCGGAGGAGCUAUGGCAGAGGAGCAGAGCGAGCUGGACGAGAGGAUCAUCAUCAAGGACCAACACACCAAGGAGAUCGACCUGGUGAACAGAGACCCGAAGCGGAUAAAUGAAGACGUUGUGAAGGUGGAUUUUGAAGACGUGAUAGCUGAGCCAGUGGGAACGUACAGCUUUGACGGUGUCUGGAAAACCAGCUACACCACCUUCACCGUCAGCAAGUACUGGUGCUACCGCCUGCUUUCUGCCAUCCUGGGAAUCCCCCUGGCCGUGGUCUGGGGCUUCCUCUUUGCCCUCAUCUCCUUCUGCCACAUCUGGGCGGUGGUGCCCUGCAUCAAGAGCUACCUGAUUGAGAUCCAGUGCGUCAGCCGCAUCUACUCCCUCUGCAUCCACACCUUCUGCGACCCGCUCUUCGAGGCGCUCUCCAAGAUCUGCAGCAACAUCAGAGUUGCUCUGCGGAAGGAAACCUAAAGCUUGAGAGCUGCCCCAGCCAUCGCGCUGCUCGUGGUGUGCCCGCCUCGGUCACGCUGCCACCUCACCUGGGGGACCUGCACAGCACGCAGGAGCCUGCGGCACAGCUGGCUCUCGGGACUCUCCCCCAAGAAGGAGGCACACCUGAGCUGCCCCUCGAUCCAUCCUAAAGACAGCAGUGGUGGCAGAACCUGGCAUCAUGCCCUGCUCCUGCAGGAAGGACCGCAGCAUCCCCCAGACCUCAACAUCCCCCAGACCUCAGCAUCUUCUGGACCUCAGCGUCCCCCAGACCUCAGCACCUCCUGGACUGCCGCAUCUCCUGGACCAUGGCCCUGGGCCACCACCUGCAGCUGCAGAGCAGGGAGGGAGCAGCAGAGCCGCCAGCAUGCCGCCAGCUGCCCCUCACAGCCCUGCCUGCUCCGUCUCCAUCCUCCAGCAUAACCCUGAGAAAAACACUCGCAUAUGAAUUAUUUGCCGCAAAUAAUUGUUGUUGUGAAAGCUUCUGUAUUAAAUCAGGCUGCACAAAAGGCUUAUGGAUAGAAUAGUG